CGUACUAAUGUCAGCGAACGAUAAAACGUACCGUAUUAACAAGUCAAGGUGCACGGAAUAUGGGCCUAAACGCAGCCGUACAAGCUUUAAAAAAAGCUGAGCCACUAAAGGAUAAAGUUCAACGUUGUAAAGACCUUUUAAAUGAUAGCGAUGCAUGGGUAUGUCAGCAACAAUUACAGAAGAUCUAUCAACAAGUUCUUAUAUUGGAUCUGGAAUAUGCAUUGGAUAGAAAGGUGGAGCAGGAACUUUGGAAUCUGGGAUUUAAGAAUUACAUAGCAACUUUGCAAUUACAAGCAAAGGAUAGAAAGAAUCCAAAACGAGGAGAAUCGCAGGCUUUGCUUAGUUGGUGCUUGGAAGCAGCCAGUGGUUUUUAUUUGACAUUACUACAAGAAAUUUGUACAGCAUUUGAUCUGGAUUUACCAUUCAGAAGGAAGGGCUAUGUUUAUGGAUGUACGUCACCAUGGAAAGCUGUUGAGAAUCUGUCAGUGCCUCACAAAUCUUCGUGUUUCUAUGCAUGCCAGUAUUGUCUUGUACAUUUAGGGGAUAUUGCCCGCUAUAGAAACGAGAGUAAGCAAGCGGAACUCUUCUACAGACAUGCUGUGUCAUUGUCACCAUCCAGCGGACAACCAUAUAACCAGCUGGCCCUUUUGGAAGCAUCGCGUGGCAACAAAUUAGGAACCGUGUUUCAUUAUACGCGGUCCGUUGCUGUGAAACAUCCGUUUCCUGUCGCUACAACAAAUCUGGCAAAAACCCUAUCUUCCGCUUUAAACGACACCACGAUAAGCAUUGAAGGAAAAACUAAAUUAUCUUCCCAGGAGUACAUAGCAGUCUUCUUAAAACUACAUGGUAUUAUUCACAAUCUUGGAAACCUGACGGUCGCAUCGACGUACACGAAAUUGUUGACGGAAACAUUGACAGCUUUGGUGGCAACGGAAAGUUUCAGCUCCUGGAUGCUCGUACAAAUGUUUGUAAUUAAUUUGUAUGCCUUGGAACAUGCAACAAGUGUAGUCGUGGGUAGCACUGAACCAUUGAGAAACGAACAAUUAACGUUCGAUGAAAGAAUAGCUCGAGAUUGUAUUUUAGAUCUCAUAGCAGGAAGUCUGUCCGCGUUGUUGUUGCCCGUCUACACUAUUAAGAAUUCUAUCGUCGAGUACUUCGCUUUGCCUUCUAUAAAACUGUGCCUUGAUUGGAUUCACACAAAGCCCACAGUUUUGGAAGAAGUUGCGUUCACAUCGAGACUUCAAAUCUGGCCCAGCCUUUGUGUACUAUUAAAUGCCUUACAGAAUUGUGUGGUCGAUUUCCCUUACGAUCAGUAUGUUAAGGUACCACUGCCAGAAGAUCGUGAUUUACAAGGCUUCUUACCGUUGGAGAAAAGUUUCGAGUGUUUGAAAUUUACGAGCACCGAUUUAGAAGGUGACGUGGAGGCUUCCAAUAAAUUACGCGCGGUCCGUAUUUUACGUUUGGGUCACUCGUUGGCACAGUAUAGAAUCAAUGGUUCCGCGUUGAUUGCUAUUGCGGUAGGAGGAGACACCGGUGACAACAAAUUCAGUUCAUUGAGCGAAGGGAACGGACCGAGUAACGAGUUGAUGAAAGAACUGGAAGAACUUAGUUUGAACAAAGAAAGACCGUUUGUCGUAUCGGCUAGUCCGGUUCUCUCGGAAUCUGCCAGUAGUAAAGGUUCCACCGAUGUUGACACGUUAUUGGAGAAUACUUUGGACAAGAGAAUAGGUAUACUGAAGCCUCAGGGUUCGUUGGAACGUAGUAAGGAUUCGUUGACCGCCAAUACGGAAUGUAACAAUUUUGAAGUUAAUGUGAUGGUACCUGCAUCAAGAAAACCACGACAGAAUAUAGCGAUGCAAGCUAUUAUGCGUCGCGCCGAAACUGAACAGAAACAAGUUACAUUCAAGAAUGUAUCUCCGUUGGUCGUCGAGGAGGAAAAUGAAAAAAAAGUUAAGGCGAGUUCAACGUCACCGGCGAAGAGUGUGCCUGCAGGAAACAAGAAUACCCCAAUUAUUGGAGAAACAUCGAAGCCGGGCAAUGUACCUAUCGUAUCCACGAGUUCAUUGACCACUGUUCAUAAUCGGUUACCGUUGAUGCCUUUUCCAAUGACUACCGUACAAAAUCCGAUUGUUUCCCCGUCGAAUCAAGCUAAACCAGUGAAACAACAACUCGCUGUCUCGCAACCAACGCAAAUAAAUCUUCUUCCUACGAAAGAGCAACAAACUUCUGGGAACGUACCCACGAUACCACCGGGUAUAUCACAGUGCGUCGGGAUGGUUUGUUAUCAGGGUCCAUCUUUCAGUGCACAAAGUCCACAAUUUGCGAAAAAUUAUAUGGCAAAUCACAUGGGAAGUCUAUCGAACUAUCCGAUUCAAGGACAUUUCACCAGUUCAGGACAACAAUCGAUGGCCCAGAAUGUUAGUUUACAACAACACGUUUCGAAUCAAAGCAGACCUUUGCAUCAGAGAAUGCAGGUUCACAGUAUACCCCAGAGCUCGUUGAUACAUCAAAAUGUUGGACAUCUUCAAUCGUCCGGCCAACAGAAUAUAGUGCCAACGGUGGCGCGUAACAUUAAUUCUCAACAGGCUGGAAAUGUUGCUCUACAGCAGAAUAUAAGUAUGCAACAGCAGAGUCAUGCUUUGGACGUGCAACAGCAAAACCUAAACAUGGCCGUGCAACAGCAAAAUGUUGGUAAACCCAGUCUUAGAUCGAACACGGUACCAUUACAUAAUCCAGUUAGUUUAAAUAGUUCAGCCAUUGCGAAUGCUUCUACGUUAUCGACGUUAAAUACAUAUCAGAAGAAUCUUCAUCAAAUCGCUUCUGCGGUACCGUCGAACGUACCGAGUCUACCGGGUAGUUCGUUGAGUCCGACCACCACUUCAAGCUUUCCAUUUAAUUUUAAUCAAAGCGACAUUGCUCACAAUGUUUUCGGCCAAGUGCCGCAGAAACAAUUAUCAUCGUCGUCCUCGAUGUACAAUAAAAGUCCGGAUGUUCUAGAAUUUUCGUUUCCCAAUCAGAUGGGCAUGUCGAAGAGUCAAUCUCAGCUCGCAAACAAUUAUCCAUUGUUUCAUAAUUACGAGUCUGCAAACUUCAGUUUGUGGAAAGACGGUCAGCAAUCGCAGCUGUCAGUACCUUGCUGGAGCACAAAUAGCGGGGGUACACAGUUGCACGGCAAAGAUGCAACGGUCGUCGAGAAUUUUCGUAAUUGGGAGGACACAAUCAGUCCCGGAAACACAAUUUCACAAAUUCCAUUGAAAACUUCUAAUUACCAGCCUGAUUCGCAACAUAACAAACAUUUCGGUGGCGCAAAUAACUUCGAGCAUUCCGGGUCUCUGGAUGUAGUAUUUAUUUGUACAUCAAAAUCCAAUGUAUCGCUAUUGUAAAACAAUUCCUGGGGAUCUGGUUCGCAAGCCUGUAAUGUUUCGAAUCAAGAUCAAACAAAAACUCGACUCAGUCAGCAGUCUUUGUGGUCUGGACCUGGUCCGUCUCCUCUGGAACGACUUCUGGAACAACAAAAAUCAUUACGCGAAGGAGGUACCUGAAGGAAAGCAAUACAGAUAUUCUAUCGAAAUACAUUGGAAAAGGAAUUACUCAAUUUGCGGAUUCAGCUAACGAAGGGAGUCUAGCAAAACAACAUACCACAAUAAAUAUCGAUCGUUCGACGAGAAUGUAAAAUUUGUUACAAUGCAACAGCUGCUGAGAGGUUUUGUAGCCGCUUAGGAAUUCGUUUAAAUAAAACGAAUAACACAUACGUCCAAAGCGUUAUGAAAUACGCUCUAGAAAUACAUAGGUAUCAAUUACUUACGUUACUUAUUGCGCGCAUGGUAGAAAAUGAAAAUAUUCUAAUGGUGCGUGUCGCACUAUCGAGUGUUUCAGAAUAGUCAUUUUAAAUUUAUUAAUGCGCAUUUCAUGGAAAUAUUUCGAAUCAUUUGAAA